ACACGCUGCAGCUGAGAGGACUUGGAACGUCGGUCUGUAGCAGAUAGAGGGAUGCACGCCUCUCUCAGUAGAUUAUCCUCACGCAUAUUGGUUCAGGUUACCAAUCACGAUGCAAAGGAGACGAAACACAAUGGAGAACCCUUUAUUCUAUUCAUCUCACAGCCAACAUCACGGAUGGAUUCAAGUCUCAGAUAUGAGGGGUCCUCCAGGCCACUGGAUGUCAUGUGGUCACCCGUGUGCGGAACAUGCUGUGUGGAACCCCAAAUUCUGUGUGGUCACUGACUAUCAAAUGCUGCUGCUGGACAGAGAGGAGAUACACCCUCUGCUCCUACAGAAGAAGAGGACUGACACCUGCAAAUCCAGACUGCUGCGUCGCACCAUCAGUGUUCCUGUGGAGACGCAGUUCCCGGAAUUACAAUGUCAUCUCUCAGUGGACAACAUUACUUGAGCCAUGUCAUUUCCAUUGAUGCCAGCAGGGG